UACGACUUUGUAGAAACAUACAUAAAUAAGUAAAAAAGUAUAAAUAAAAGAAUGCUUUACUUAUAAAUUUCCUUGUUCAAUACAAACCGGUUUGAGAUAAAAACCGUGGAUAAUCAAACAAAAUCGUUGAAGGAUGAAGCCAUUACCCUUUUUUCCAGAAUUGAUAACAUCACGCUAAAUAUUUAUUUAUAAGACAUAAAAAAAACAGUUGGUUUUGUGAAUUCGACGCUACAAUACUUCAACGAUGUGUCCAUCAAGUAUUGUACUUUGUUUAGCAUUUCUGCUUGUUGCUUCGUUCUCGGAACCUCAGGAUGAUUUUACGAAUGACAAUGAGCAGAGCGAUAACUCGACGGUGCAAUCUGAUCCUCUUGUAAAUUCUACGAAAUAUCAAAAUAAAGAGAUGAAAUUAACAAGGUGCAAUUUACAUAAAAAUUCUAUUAAGAAUAAUAAUGAAAUACAAUACGAAUUCUAUAUUAAUUCUACAAAGAACAAUUGCAAGAAUGACUCGGUGCGAAACGAAUCUCGUGAACAUAUAAUAAAAAAUCUAGAAGAUAAUAAUCAGACAUCUACUGAGUUCUAUACGAAUUCGACAGAGAUCAAUGAUUUCACGUUACAAGAAAUUAAAGAAAAUUUCAUCAAAACUGAACACAAGAAUAAUUCCAUAUUGUACAAACUCAAUUCCAACGGAAUAUUUAAAACUACUUUUGUUGAAUAUAGAGCGUGCAAUGAUAGUAUUACUUGUAUUCAGUUCUGUUGUCCUUUUGGUAACAUCUUGACGAUAAAAGGACGAUGCAUCUCUCGUGGAGAGGAUAAUUACGUUCUUCCAAACAUGUACGCUCUGCCAAACAAACACGGGAACGAUUCCGAAGAUGAAACGGUCAACGAACUAUUAUCGACUGUUCGCGAUCCAUGCGUUGCAAAAGGAUAUGGUCGCGAAUUUCUUUUUCCCAAUACUUACUUAUUUCUCACCAAUGGCUCUUUGUACAAUAAUCAUGAUGGCAAAUACAUUUCACCAAAGUCUUAUUGUUUUGCCAUUAUGUUUCGGGACACCUAUGACGUGUUCGUCUGUGAUAAUCGGACUAUACUUCCAAUAUUUGUAUCCAUGUGCCUCCUAUUGUCUUUGCCGUUUCUGCUAUUGACGUUCAUAAUAUAUUCCAUAUUGCCAGAAUUCCAGAAUAUCCAUGGUUAUACAUUACGUGCACACGUGGGUUCAUUAUUCAUCACAUACGCGAUUAUGUGUUUUGGCCAAGUUUUUGGAUUAGGUGAAGUGAAAUAUUGCGUUGUACUAGCAUAUAUCUUCAACUUCUUCUUUUUGUCAAGUUUUUUUUGGUUAAAUGUAAUAUGCUUCGAUAUUUGGUGGAAAUUUAGAGAUAUCCAUCUGCUCCGCCCGUACCGAACAAAAACAAAGCAUAAAAAGAAGCUUAUAAUAUAUUCGAUCUAUGCAUGGGGAGUCACUAUCAUUCUCAACAUUAUCUGCGCCAUCAUGGAUAAUAUUCCAUUUCUGCCAGAAAAUUUGAUCCGACCAGAAAUGUGCAAAAAAAGAUUUUGGUUUGGGGAAAAUGAAGCUAAAACGUUAUAUUUUUACGUACCCAUAGGUGUUACUAUCAUCAGUAACAUUUUUUUUUUCAUCUGCACAACACUAACGAUUCUGUAUCAGAAAGUACAAAUAGCUAAUCUGUUGAAAGACUGUGAGAUCAUACGCCAUGAAAAUAAGCAAUGGUUUAAUAUGUACUUGAAGCUGUUUGUAGUGAUGGGAAUAACUUGGGUUUUGGAGAUAAUGUCGUGGGUCGAUAUUGGUACUGAUAUUGUACCACAGUUUAUCUGGUAUCCCGCUGACAUCGUAAAUGCCUUGCAAGGUCUCACCAUUUUCAUUAUAUUUGUAUGUAGAAAAAAAACCCUGCAAACGCUAUUAAAACAACUUGACUGGAAGAUUUGCGAUCCAUUUAAGAUUCCAAUAAAAAGUAUAGUUGUCUCGAAUACUACUACAUCCACUAGGAGGUCCGGAACAAUGCCCAUGCAACAAAUUGGUCGCUCUAAUUAACAGCUAAUCAUCUUGCAAAGUUCAAUUAGUCAUAAAUCCUACUCAUAAAUGUUGCAAUGCAAAGAGAAAAUUCUAUUAUUAUAGAUGAGAGUUAAUAGUUAAUUAGCAGCAUAAUUUAAUUCUUCAGUCGAAGAUCUUACAAAAUUCGAAAGAAGAUCGAUGACUCACCCCAAGGAUGGAAAGAAGUCGCUUUGAAACAUUGGAUCAAAUAACGAUAAAUACAAUAAAAUAACAUUCCAAAUUAUUUAUGGAUUAAACAAAUUUUAUAAAGCACAUGUUAAAUAUACAUAGCUUAUCAAGAAUAUGACUAAUACAAUUUAAAUAUUAAGUACAUGUCAAUCACUCAAAUAAAUAUAUACUAAAAGA